CCAGCUGGCAUCAGGGUUUGUUUAAAUGAUAUCUCGUGGCGAACAUGGAGGAGGCUAGCACCAGGACUGUCCUUGGCUGUGCCUCAGAGUGUGGAUGGGGUCAGUGACCUCAAGGCCACUCAGCUGCAAAUCCAGACGGAAUCAAUCCUGCCUGGGGUCAGAUGUGCCACCCUCCCUGACCUGAGUGGGUUUUAUGGGAGGGGUUACAGGGGUCAGGUUCCUGUCUAUGACCCCUGCAGCUGUCAUGAUGACUCAUAUCCCAACCUAGCUGUCUGACCCAACAAGGAAGUUUCCCCCUUGGGACAAGAAGAGAGCCCAGAGGAGGCCUGGAUCAAGGGAGGCCAGAGGCUGAUCUUGGCAGAGACCACUAGCCUACCCUGGGUAGAGGUGCACCUUUCGGAUCCAGAGAAGUCCAGUUUCAGAAAGACCAUGCACAUGGAGAGAGUGGAACUGGCUUCUCACUUGGGGGGUAGGAGGGAAGACUGUAGCAUCUUGCCGGCUGGAUACCUGGAGCACCAAGUAGGACUUGCAGGCCUGGCUUGGCCAGAGUCCCAGAAAGAGCUAGAGUAUGGGCUGGAAAAGGGGUCCAAGACCCCAGACCCACAGGAAACUGAACACGUGGGCUGCGCCCCCUAGUGGCCAGGUGGCUCGAAGAAUGCUCCACGUGUCACUGCACUGACCUGUGUUCUCUGUCCCGGGAAGCAGAGGGAACAUCCCGAACCUUUUGUCCUUAGCCCCCAGAUAAGGAGCUCGGAUCCCUGGGGCCCAUUAUUUCGCCUGCUAAGUUCAUUAUCCCCGCUCGCUUCCCCUAUCGCUGCUGCCAUCGGACGGGAAGGGCAGAACCUGACUCUGGGGCCCCGGGCAACCGAGGCAGAGACUGGAACGGACAGUCCUUUCUAGAGCGGUAUGAGCCAAGCAGACCGGAGCCACACAGCAGGUACCGACUGGGAUCCGGGCCGGGCUGCGGUCGCCUCGGCCUACCAGCGCUUCGAGCCCGGAGCCUACCUGCGCAACAACUAUACGCCCCCUCGAGGGGACCUGAGUAGCCCGGACGGCGUCGGGCCUUGGAAGCUGCGCUGCUUGGCGCAAACCUUCGCCACAGGUGAGGUGGCUGGCCGCACCCUCAUUGAUAUUGGUUCAGGACCUACCAUAUAUCAGCUGCUCAGUGCCUGCGCCCACUUUGAAGACAUUACCAUGACAGAUUUCCUGGAGGUCAACCGCCAAGAGCUGGGGCUCUGGCUGCGUGAGGAGCCAGGGGCUUUCAACUGGAGCGUGUACAGCCAGCACGUCUGCCUCAUUGAGGGAAAGGGUGAGUCCUGGCAGGAGAAGGAGCGCCAGCUACGAGCCAGAGUGAAGCGGGUCCUGCCCAUUGAUGUGCACCAACCCCAGCCCCUGGGCAUUGCCAGCCUGGCGCCUCUGCCUGCUGAUGCCCUAGUCUCUGCCUUCUGCCUGGAAGCUGUGAGUCCAGACCUUUCCAGCUUUCAGCGGGCCCUGGACCACAUCACCACUCUGCUCAGGCCUGGGGGACACCUCCUCCUCAUUGGGGCCCUAGAGGAGUCAUGGUACCUGGCUGGGAAGGCCAGGCUGGCAGUGGUGCCUGUGCGUGAGGAGGAGGUGAGGGAGGCCCUGGUGCUCAGUGGCUAUGAGGUACGGGACCUUCGCACCUACAUCAUGCCUACCCACCUCCGGACAGGCGUGGAUGAUGUCAAGGGCAUCUUCUUUGCCUGGGCCCAGAAGAAGGUGGGGGUGGAGGUGUGAGCGUCCAGUGUGCCCAAUGCCCUGUGGUCCUCACCUACCAGAUUCCCUUAUUACUUGUGUGGCACCUAAUAAAGAAAUCAUUCCCUGCAGUCAA